UUGAAUAAAAUACAAGAGCAUGGCAUGAGUGUUGUCGUUCAGGCUUGUGCGCUUGGUCCAGUAGCGUUUGAGUAGCACUGGAUAGAUGGGCAAACAGUUGUAGGGCGUACUCUUGGAAAAGUUUGUAGCAUAUCCAGCGAAAUCAACGGAUGACUGUGACUGAUCUGAGAGGACUUUUGAUCUUAGUUGACAUUAAACCUAUGCGUUUCAGGGAGCGGGCGACACGUGUUGUGGCGUCUUAUAAACCGUGCGUAGUAGUCGUUUCUUUCUUGACGAGACGAGACAUUGCGUUUGGAGGGAAGGACGUCUAACCCCGGGGGGAUAAGAUGACAGCGAUCAGAAUGGUUUCAUCAGUGCUGCUCCUGGUGCUGAUGCAGUCCGGAGCUCUGUGCGCGCGGAGGUUCCGAGGCGGCCGCAACCCGCAACCGCGGCGCGCACCACCUCCUCCCACGUACCGGGCCGACCGGGUCGACACCACGGAGAGCUUCCCUCUGGAUUUCACCGCCGUGGAGGAGAACAUGGAUAACUUCAUGACACAGGUCAAGAACCUGGCGCAGUCCCUGUACCCGUGCUCGGCGCAGAAGCUCGACUACGACAUGAAGCUGAACCUUUUGGAGAACACGUCAGUCACCUGUAACGACGGAAGUCCCGCGGGGUACUACCUGAAAGAAUCGAGAGGCAGCAGACGGUGGUUGAUAUUCUUAGAGGGUGGCUGGUACUGCUUCAACAAGGAGAACUGUGAUAGCCGAUAUGAGACCAUGAGGAGAUUGAUGAGCUCUUCCAAGUGGCCCCAGACUAAAACAGGCACGGGGAUCCUGUCUCCGCUGCCUGAGGAAAACCCUCACUGGUGGAAUGCCAACAUGGUGUUCAUCCCAUACUGCUCCAGCGACGUGUGGAGUGGCGCUACAGCCAAAACGGAGCAAAAUGGCUAUGCCUUCAUGGGCUCACUGAUUAUUCAGGAAGUUGUGAAGGACCUGCUGAACAAAGGUCUGGACAACGCCAAGGUCCUCCUAUUAGCAGGAAGCAGUGCCGGUGGUACUGGGGUCCUGCUGAAUGUGGACCGCGUGGCAGAGCUACUAGAGGGACUGGGACACACUGGAAUACAAGUGCGAGGUCUGUCUGAUUCUGGCUGGUUCCUGGACAACAAGCAGUACCACUGCACAGACUGUGUGGACACUGUCAGCUGUGCUCCAACUGAGACCAUCAAGAGAGGCAUCAAGUACUGGGGAGGAGUAGUGCCAGAGAGGUGCAGGCAGACCCAUCAAGGGGAAGAGUGGAACUGUUUCUUUGGAUACAGAGUAUUCCCAUCAAUAAAAAGCCCCGUGUUUGUGGUCCAGUGGCUCUUUGAUGAGGCCCAGUUGACAGUGGACAACAUCCAGCUAACAGGCCAGCCUGUGCAGGAAGGCCAGUGGCGCUACAUCCAAAAUCUGGGCAUAGAGCUCAGGAACACACUCAAAGAUGUCCCGGCUAUGUUUGCUCCAGCCUGCCUAUCUCAUGAAGUUAUCACCAGAAAUUACUGGAUUGAUGUGCAGGUCAAGGGCACUUCCUUGCCCCGAGCGCUGCACUGCUGGGACCGGAGCCUCCACGACAACAGGAACAACAAAGCUCCGCCCAAGGGCUGUCCAGUACAUUUGAUUGACAGUUGCCCAUGGCCACACUGCAACCCCACCUGCCCAACCAUCCGAGACCAGUUCACGGGGCAAGAAAUGAACGUCAUCCAGUUCCUCAUGCACAUGGGCUUCGACGUGCAGAAGAUGGCCCAGCAGCAGGGCAUGGACCCCAGCAAGCUACUGGGCAUGCUCAGCAGCGGCAGCUAAAGGGACACACAUAUGCUCAGUAUCUCCAAGCUAAGCCCAAGCAGGGUUGUCUGGUCUUCUCUGACCAGUCUCCCACGCCUGAUACCUCCAAGUACCCAUCCACCUUCACAACCCAUUCUACCUAUGGUCUAUUCCCCUCUGACCUCCUGUUUACGUUAGUCCAAACCUCAGUCAUACAAAGGGGCUUAGAUUUUGUCCCACAAUCCCUUUCUUCACAGUACUGGUUGACAGGUAAAGGGGCAACAUGCCACCACGACAAGGCACAACUCUCUGCUACUCUCCAUUUAAAUUAUCUUUUGCUUUGUAAAAGAAAAAAAUAUCACGAAUGUAAUCCAGUUUUAAGGAUACUCAUUGAUGGUUUCUUUUUUAUAUUAUUUUCAUCCUUCCAUAUAGAUUAUAUUUAGUCAUUGCUAAAAAAAAAACACGACAAUGACUUAAGGAUGCUGUCUUUGUUAAGUAGUCACUACAGAGUAUAUAAGGAUAUAACUUUGUUCACACAGUUUUAUAGUUGGGUUCUACAAACAUCACAAAACAGGGACGUAUGAUGAGUUGAAAAAAGCACUGGAUCAGGAAGAAAAUUUUGUAUUUACCUCUAAAGCAAUGGCAAGACUUACAGAGAGAGACAAGUGACACUAAUAUUCCUAAUAAUCAACUUAACACACUCUUAUUGGAUAUUAUUUCUAGCUAAUGAAAGUAAUCAAAAAAAAAAAAUAGUAUGAGAAAAGACAGAGAAUGCUCCACACUUUAAAUUAUUGUUGUGAUUAUCACGGGAUAACAGAAAAGGUCCCUCUCAUUCUUGACAGUGUUGGAAUCUAUGUGGCUUGACAGCUGCGAAAAUGCCUCGAUGUCCGGUUCUUUCAGUCGUCAAGUUCUGAAACUGAUAGUGGUGCUAAAGUCGACCUGGAAACACUUCUCAAGGUCUAUUGGUAUCUACCCACACACCACAGUGCCAUUACAUCUAGUCUAUACCUCUUUUUCACAGGCCACAUCAUCACAAGAAGACUGUUUGAACCCGAUCGAAGGGUACACAUUCAUGUUAGGUCACCUCAGUAGUUUGGCAGUCCUCAAGUCAAUGCAAUGAACAUUUAAAGGGAGACAAAUAUUGUGUAUUGUAUAUUUUUUUGAGUAUUUGUAUAGGUUCUUUCAAGUGUUCAUUAUUGCAACUCCCUUCUUAUAUUUCAUAAUAGAGAUCACUUUUUAAUAUAAUGACAAUGUUGUAUGUAAUGAUGUCUUUAUAAAUGAUGUUUUUAAAGGACCUCUAUUUCGCAUUACACCAGAGAAGGAAAGGUAUUACUAAUUGUAAUUUUAUUCUGUAACAUAUUUUUUAACAGAAAAAAACUCAAGCUACAUUGGUAAUUUACAUAUUUAUUUUGUUAUGUAAAUCAUAUUUAUAAGUGCUAUUUUCACAGAGAAGUGAUUCUUUGUAAAUUGUAAAUACAUUGCUGGUUUCUCUCUUUGUGUUGAUUGCAUGUCUUUGUAUCAGACCUUAAAGAGAAUACAUACAUACAUAUACUACAAGGUAAA